AUCCUGCAUGCGCAGCAGGAAAAUAGCCCUGAAAUCGAUCGCCAAGUCAUCCAUCCUCAAGAUAGAACAUAGUGGUUCUCGCACACUAUGGCUGUAGCAUGAUCAAGGCUCUUUUUAAAGCACGAAGACGUGGAAACGGUACAUUGUCGCCCUGUUUGCUGACACACAUCCGCAGCGGUUCUUGAUCGACCGAAUAUAUGGUUUGAUUACCAUGUCGAGGUUUUGCAGCCAUUGUGGAAUGUGAAUCAUCUGGAUCAUUCGACUUCGAGUGAAGGUUUUCGAACGAUUAUAUGGUCCAAUAUCCCUGAGGUAUAGAGGUUCUGUGACCUUUGUUUUUGUACCCGAUUUUACCUUUCCACUCCUCACGCCAAGGUUGUCAGAUGAAUCAACCUUGCGGACUCGGGUGCAUUUCUAUCCUUAUACACGUGUGGAGUGGAUUGAAUUUUCCAAUGCCAAGAUGUUGCUGCGAGCGAAUGUAUGUCGUUGACGUGAGGGUUGUGUCAGAAAUUGAAAACGCCUUUUCUUGCACAAGUCACUGCACCUCUCUUGGCAUCUUCAAUGCAGGUAUAAAAGUGCCUCACAACCCGCUAUAUCCCUCAGCCUCACAGCUGCAACAUACUCGAUUGAACCAAAAGCUCUCACUUCACCAACUUCUACACACUCAUCCGAGUAGUUCAUCAUGCAAUUCAAGAAGAACUUCGUUUUCUUUGUCCUCGCCGCCGUUAUGACCUCGGCGGCGGCCAUUCCGGUCAACGUUGCGGGUCUUACUGUUCGAGACGCCAUUAUUUCUGGCGUAAGCGAGGUUGCGGAACCUGCCGUUCGUGGCAGAAGCACACUCCGCUUCGAAGCUCGCGAGCCUCGUCAUGGCAGUGGCAGUCGCGGUCGCAGCAGCGGUCGCCGUGAGAUCGAGGCGAGACGCCACGGUGACUCUGGUUCGAGGGGCCGCGGUAAUAGUCAUGGUCGCCGCGAGGAAAUCGAUCUUACCAAGAGGCGUCACGGUUCCGGUUCUCGUGGUGGGAGCCGUGGUCGCAGCCAUACCCGUCGUGAAGAGAUUGAGGCUAGGCGUCACGGUGAUUCAGGCUCUCGAGGCCGUGGCAAUAGCCAUGGACGCCGGGAUGAGCUUACCAAGAGGCGCCAUGGAUCAGGUUCUCGAGGACGCAGUCAUGUACGACGUGAGGAGCUCGAGGCCAGACGUCACGGCGAUUCUGGCUCUCGUGGACGGGGCAAUAGCCACGGUCGCCGUGAAGAACUCACAAAGAGACGUCACGGUUCCGGAUCUCGUGGACGCAGCCACGUCCGCCGGGAGGAAAUCGAGGCAAGACGUCAUGGUGACUCUGGAUCUCGAGGUCGCGGAAAUAGUCACGGCCGUCGUGAGGAGUUGACCAAGAGACGUCAUGGCUCUGGCUCUCGCGGACGAAGCCAUGUCCGUCGGGAGGAGAUCGAGGCGAGACGCCAUGGUGACUCCGGGUCCCGUGGUCGAGGAAACAGCCAUGUUCGACGAGACGAGUUGACGAAGAGGCGUCACGGCUCCGGUUCUCGUGGACGUAGCCACGUUCGUCGGGAAGACCUCGAGGCCAGGAGACAUGGCUCUGGAUCGAGGGGCCGUGGCGAUAGCAGGAACAGAAACACGAAGAGGCGUCACGGAGACUCUGGCUAUCGUGGUCGUGGUCGCAGCGGCAGCCGCUCCCGUACUUGAUUUCGACUUGCUGGAAUCAGCUCUGUUUGAGGAUCCCGUCUUUGCUGAAAAUGUGUAUGCUGCCGUUCUGAGUUCUCCAACAUUUGAUCAUCCAGUAAGUAUGGACAAUGUCUUUUGUCAAUUUCAAUAGUAUUUCCGUGGGGAAUAAGACACUUGACUUUGACCUCC